GCCUGCGACACCGAUCCACCGAGGGGUCUGACACUGAAUUCUAGAGCAGGCGUCGUUUUCUCAGUGACGAAGACCUCACUUUUGCGACAUAGUAGACACAACCCGCUUCACACUGAUGUGGUUUGGUCAUCGUCUGCUGAGCCUGGGGUUCAAAUCACCGCAACCGCGAUAAGCAAUGAUGGCCUAGCGGUGGUCGGGACCAGUACUGGGAGAUUGCUGUUUUACGGAAAUCGUUUCUGUAAUUCGAACAUUAUUGGCAUCUUGAUCUUGUUCAAGAACAUUCAAUCUAGUACAAAUUCUAGGUACUUCUAGGUUGUUUGCCCUUGAAGAAUCAGCAUUCGCAUUCAUCUCUCACUCUCUAAGAAUUAGCAUUCGCAUUCAUCUUCUACACCUCUCUUCACACUCUUCUAAAAAAUCUCUCAAAUAACUCUAAGAGUCCAUCCGUUCCAAUAACGGGUACAUGGCAAGACGCUAUGUCGGUGUCGGCGAGAAGCAGAAGCGUGGUGGCACGUUUGCUCUCGAUCCUCCGGAGCAGCUGCCAGAACCAGCACCCGCAACAAAAGCUGCACGGAGAAAAGAACUCAACUUGGAUGGCACGAUUGCCGGUCUAGGCAGUGAUGCAGAAGGUGAUAGUGACGGACACCACGGCGCCGACGACGUUGAGAUGAAUUCGUCGCCAAGGUUGCCGGAUACACC